AAGAAAGAUGGCCGCUGCUGGACAGGCGGUUGCUCCUUGUGGAAGUCACACUACGCAUUGACACUUUAUCUGGGAUUUUAAUAAACGUCACAUGGGAAUAAUUCUCAUGCUCCAGUAAUAGGUCGCCACAACGUUAAGGGUUCUGAUUGUUUAUAAUGGCGACGGGUGGCAGUCCAUUUGAAGAUGGCACAGAUGAGCAGGAGCUGCACAACUGGACCAUCUCCAAUGGAAGCUUGGAUGAUAGACUCAACAAUAUGGAUUGGGGAGUUCAGCAGAAUAAGGCCAACCGCUCCACUGAGAAGAACAGGAAGAAGAUCUCUGCUAUGUCAGCGAGCCGGCUAACCAAUGACAUUUCUCCAGAGUCUACUCCUGGAGCAGGGCGAAGGAGGGCACGUACGCCCCAUUCCUUCCCUCAUGUGAAGUAUAGCACACAGAUGUCUGUGCCCGACCAGGCUGAGCUCGAUAGACUCCGGCAGGCCAUAAACUUCACAGAUCUGGAUGAGAGAAGUAUUGGCAGCGAUUCUCAAGGCCGCGUCACUGCAGCCAACAAUCAAAGACAGCUGUCUAAUGAGGCCAAGAAACCUUUCAACUUCCUGUCAAUUCACCUCAACACUAACAAAAGCAAAGAGCCCAGUGGAUCCACCUCUUCCACACCUGGGGGAAAGGAACCCAAGAAACAGAGUCCUGGGAAAGAGCUCUUUGCUGCAGUUCCGGCUGUGGUUAAAGAGCCUUUUGGUCUCGACAGUGCCCAUCAGUUUGAAUUGGAGGAUGAAAGAGCAGAGCUCUCCAUUGACAGCAGUCAGGUGGUCAGUAAACUGGUGCAAAUUCGUGAAUACAUUGGGAAGGCCACAUCCAUGAGAGACGACCUGGUGGAAAAGAACGAUGUGCCUGCAAAUGUGGAACGUCUUUCUCUCCUUAUCACUCACUUGAAAGAACAGGAGAAGUCUUACUUGCGUUUUCUUCAGAAGAUGCUGGCGAGGGAAAAUGAGGAUGAUGAUGAUGAAGGUGCCACGGUGGACUCUGCCGUAGGUUCAGGCUCGGUGGCCGAGAGCACGUCUCUGAACUUGGAGCCGCGUUCUGAAGCCUCCAGUGCCACUGGCCGUGGGGUGUGUGUAGAGCAGAAAGAAGAGCUAGAGAACAUGCGGAAGCAGCAUGACCUACUAAAAAAGAUGCUAGAACAGCAGGAGCAACUCAGAGCACUGCAAGGCCGUCAGGCUGCACUACUGGCCAUGCAGCAAAGUGCUGAACAAGCCAUAGCAGUGAUGGACGACACUGGUGAAGUUGUUACAGAGACUACUGGAAGUGUGUCUGGCAGGAGCAUAACCUCAGAGCUCAAUGAUGAACUUAAUGAUCUUAUCCAGCGAUUCCAUAACCAACUGCAUGAUUCUCAGUCUCAGUCGGUCCCUGACAACCGGCGACAGGCAGAAUGUCUCUCUCUUUCAAGAGAGGUGUGCCGGUCUCGCACUACCCAUAAUUCACGGGGUCAGUUGCCCUCCUCUGCCCCCCUAACUACUGCAUCAACCUCCACCAGUGCUAAACUUACCAAACUGCAGGAGCUACAGGACAAAAAGCAGACCAUGGACCAGAUCCUUGAGGAGCUCCACUCCCUUAGAGACCAGACCCUCAACAACAGUUCCUGUCAGGGUGUCAGUCAACGUGCUGCACGCAUGGGCAUGUCAGAGCGUCCCUCAGUAUUGGGUAGAGAGGGAAAUGGCCCACGUCCAGUGAGGCAGGACCCCUCCUCCUCUUACACAGAGAUAGUUGAUAACAGCCACCCUGCUGACAAACUCAGGAAACUGAAGGAGGUGCACAAGCGUUUGAAUGAGCUAAGAGAGCUUGUUCAAUAUUAUGAACAGACAUCAGAUAUGGCAGUGGACAUGAUAAACGAGAAUGUAAAGGAUGACAAUGAGGGAACAGAGGACGGUUCAAUUUUUGAGGUCAUGUUUGAUUCAGAACAGGAGAACCAUGAACCGGUCACCAAUAUCAGAAAUCCAGCCCAACCACAGACUCCAAGUAACUGGAUGGACAUGAACAGUUUGACAAAGGCUCACAGCACCUCCAAUAAUAGAGAUGGCCGUCUGAACACAGAAUGUGAAAUCAAUAACCGCUCAGCAGCCAACCUCCGUAGUCUCAACGUCCCUUCAAUUAUAGAAUGCCAGUUCAACCGGGACAGGCCUCACGUUGAAGUUAAAGAUGAGGAUGAUGAUGAGGCACUGGAGGAUGAUGUUGAUGGAGCAAGAGGAGGAGGCAUAGACAGUGAUGGUUCAGGGUCCAGUCGUAGAAGCAGUCUUGGUGGGGAUGCAGAUUAUGCUCAGAAAGUUCAUCGUCUUCAAACAGCUAAACAAAAACUCCGACAACUCCAAGAACUGGUGGCCAUGGUGCAGAGUGAUGAUACAGAUGGUACUACAGCUAAUGAAGAUGAAGGUUUGAAGCAAAAACCCAAUAACACCCGAGCAACAACUCCCAAAACCCAGAGAGAUAUCACCCUCUCUGAUACGAGGAGAGAGAAAUUAUAUGAGGAAAAACUCAAGCAGCAGCAGCAGGAACUAAAGCAGCUCCAUGAAGAGAGACAAAGGCUGAUGGAGAUUCAGGGCAAGAUACAAGACAUACAGUGGGCCUGCCCUGACCUUCAGUCGUCUGUGAGCAGUAGUGCUAGCGGUCAGAUGAGGAGGAAGAUUCCUGCAGCAGCCUCUACUCCCGCUCCUGUACCAUUACACUCUUCUUCAGCUAAAGCCAACACUAGUGGCCUUAAACCCACCACUGAACCUCCUCAAGUCACUGUUACUGACAAUGAGCUAUGGUCAGAGAUGCGAAGGCAUCAGAUCUUGCGUGAGGAGUUGAGACAGAGGCGGAAACAAUUGGAGAGUCUGAUGGCAGAACAGCAGAGGAGAAGCACACUCACUGACUCUCCAUUCAGGAGCGAGACACAUGGGACCCAGUCCUACAGUCGUGAUGAAAGAACCGUGGCCACCUGGGGUGGAUCGACACAGUGUCCCCUUGGUGAAGAUGAUGAUGAUGAUGAUUACUCUGAGGUGGGGGCUGAGGAAGAUGCUGAUGAUGAUGAACAUGAUGGAGGAGAGGAUUCCAGUUCCACAGAUGAGCUGCAUGCUUGCUCCACCCAAAAACAGCGCAACUACAACAGGAAUAACAGAGAUAGUGUGAAAAUUCACAGGGAAGUUAAUGGUAGUCCUUCCCCCCGUGGAUCAAGGGGUUACCCUCGUCAGCAGCCACAGACUGAGAGCAGUAGUUCCAGCAGAGCUAAGCGGCAGGAGAACCUCCGAUGGGCGGCUGAUCUGUCUCUCUCUGAGGGCGCUGCACCAGCACACUGGCAGGAACAGAUCACACACCUCCAGAAACAACUCAACUUCAGCACUACCAUGUGCCAAACUUUACUGCAGGACCAACAGACUCUUUCAUACAUGCUGCAAGCUCUGCUCACAGGUCCAUAUGGUGUUGUGCCCAAUAAUGUGACCUCUCCUCAGGUCCCUCUCAUCAUGCACCAACUAAACCAGUGUUACACACAGCUGGCUUGGCAACAGAACAAUGUCAAUCGGUUGAAACAAGUUCUGAAUGAUCUGUUGCAGCAGCAGAGUCGGUCCUUGUCAGGACAACAGCAGAAUCAAAAUGUUACACGUGAUUCUACAUCCCCUCCCCUGUUCCUAAAUUACCCACCGGUCAAUACACUCAAUAUGCCUGGAAUUCCAAACUUUUCCCCUUUCCCAACUGGCUUUAAUUUCAGUCCCUUGUUUCCUUCCUCGGUAGGAGAUUUCCAACAGAACCAGGCCGGUUCAGAUCAUCAGCAUGAUCCAAACAUAUCUGUCAAAACGGAAUACAUGAGUUUCCCCCCUCCACUACAGAGAUCUCCUCUCAACACAGAGAAGAGGUUUCAGUCUCAACCUGAUACUGUGGCUGAUGCUAAUAACUCGAGCUGGUUAAACUCCUCCCUCAAUCGCUCUGGUCAGAGACCCACUCUGUCCUCUGGCCAUACAAGUCAGAUAGAGAAGAACUCCCCUUCCUCCUCUCCUAUUCCUCACCCUUCCAUUUCCCGGGAUCGCUCCUACAUACCUGACUCCCAGGAGUCUAUGAGCAGCCUGCCAGACAGGGCAGACCCGACCACCGUAACCAAGACCUUUAGAGCAGGACGCAAGGCUGCUGCACAGGCCAGCCUGGCCUCUAGAGACAAGACCCCCAACACAAAGAGCCGCCGUAAGAGAGGCAGGGGACAGAAGAACACAGCAUCUGUGGAUAGUGACAGUGUUUCAAGUGACUCUCACUUUGAUCAGGACAGAGUGCGCUCCUCUCAGGUCAAAUACAAAGAUCUCAACCAAGGUCUGCUAGACAAACUCACACAGGAGAAACUGGACAGCAAGACUAAGAGCAGCAAGCCAAAUGAUCUCUCAUCUGCAUAUGCUUGGAGAACACCUUUUCUCUCUAACAGAAUUGCAUGCACUGAAGUCCCAGAUGUGAGCAGUGAUUUCUCUCUUUUUGAGGCCCUGAGAGAGACGAUCUAUUCUGAGGUGGCAACACUGAUCUCUCAGAAUGAGUCUCGCCCUCACUUCCUCAUUGAGCUCUUCCAUGAGCUUCAGCUGCUCAAUACUGACUACCUGCGGCAGAGGGCGCUCUACUCACUACAGGACAUUGUAACAAGGCACCUGACAGAGAAGAGUGUGGCAGAUGAGCAUGCGUCCUCUUUGGGUCCAGCUGUGUGGGCCACAGGCUCACAGUCAGAGCUCACACCUAGUGAAAGCUUGGUUACCAGUGACAAUGAUGCAUCUGAGAAGAUUGUUACCGUUAAAUCCAACUCUGUACUGAAGAGGGUAGCAGAUAGAGAUUCGAUGGACAAUGAGAGCCUGCUGUCCACCUCUUCCAACCUUGAACCCUUUGCUAGUGAUGACUUGGGCAACACAGUGAUUCAUUUAGAUAAGGCAUUGGCCAGGAUGAGGGAGUAUGAGCGCAUGAAGCUAAGGGCUGAGUGUAACACAGAUAACCCUGAGCACAGCCCUGGAGCUGCUGCUGCUGCUGCCUCAGCACCCACGCAAGGUGCAGGACAUUCGUCUGCAGAUGCACAUUGUCCUCAGAUUGACACACAACAGCUUGACCGACAGAUCAAAGCCAUCAUGACAGAAGUUAUUCCCUUCCUAAAGGAGCACGUUGGGGAGGUGUGUUCACACCAGCUGCUCACAUCUGUGAGACGCAUGGUGCUCAAACUCAUCCAGCAAAAUGAUGAAAGUAAAGAGUUUGUUCGGUUUUUCCACCGACAGCUGGGUGGCAUCCUGCAGGACUCCCUGGGUAAGUUUGUUGGACGGACGCUGCAGGACUGUGGUGAGGACCUGCUGGUAGAGAUCUCUGAGAUCCUCUUCAAUGAACUUGCCUUCUUCAGACUGAUGCAAGAUUUAGAUCAGAACACCUCUAAAAACAAAUGCAGGACCAAGAGACGCUCUGACCACACAUCCCCAAAACACUCGCCUCGCACUGAGGAGAAGAAAACGCUAGAGAGAGAAAAUACAUUCUCACCAUCAUAUUUUGAUGAAGACAGAGAUCAGGAUGAUACUGAGCAGCGAGGGACACCUCAUGAGAGGGUAGAGGACAAGGAGAAAGAUGCACAGAGCAGUGGAGCAUCUGAGGUGGAAGAAGAAGAGGAAGAAGGGCUGCCUCUUUCUAUAAGCCUGUCUAAAGCAGAGACACAGGCUCUAUGCAACUAUGGCAGUGGAGAAGAUGAAAAUGAAGUGGAGGAGAUAGAGGAGUUUGAGGCUGGACCUGUUGAGGUGCAAACAUCACUACAAGCCUGCAUGGACAACACUAGUGAACAGAGACAGUGCUCUGCCUUACAAAAUGAUGCCCCCUUGGAAACCAAAUCAGACCUAGAAAGUCCCGAAAGCAGCCAAUCUAAAAGCAUAAAAUCGGAGUCCAAAGUGACAGAUCUGCAGCCUCCAGAGGAGGGCAGAGAGGAGGCAACAAUUGGUUCAGAAGAUGAAAGGCAGGAGGAGGAGGAGGAUCGUACUGCUGCUUCAGCACAGGAAACUCCUCAGAGCUCAGAUACAGCCAGCCCUGACACAGACUCUCCAGUCAUGAUCAACACCGAUGAGGCUGGAUCUGGAAACAAUAGCCAGAAAUCAGAUGAGGAAGAUUUUGUGAAGGUGGAAGAUCUCCCUUUUCAAAUGUCUGUUCUGUGUGAGGAAGAACUUUGUAAGAGGAUCUCAGAAGAGCAGCAAAAUAACAACUUAGCAGCUGAAAUUCUGAAUGUAAAUACAGAAGAGUUUACAGGAAUGGUGGGAAAUGCUCAAGCACUCAAAGAGCCUGAAACCAUUGGAGCCCAGAGUGCAUGAGAAUGGUUCUUUGAUUCAUCUUUACACUACAAACCAUAAUUCAUUCAACAUUACUAUAAAAUGAACUUAAUACCUUAAGAUUUCUUGGAAACAACAGCUAAGCUAAGUAUUAGUGGAUUAGCCUGUCAGCAUGUGUGAUCUAACAGUUCAAGAGAUGUUAAAGAAGUCUCUCUACACUUAUAAAAAGUUUUAUUCGGAUUGUUUUAUGGAGAAUGUAGGAGAGGAUGUUUUGAAAGGGUCUCUGUCUUUAAGCUGUUCUGUAGCCUGUAAGUACAUUUUCUGUUUCUCUUUAAGCCAGAACUCUCAGUAAAAGCUCAUUCAAAUGCUAGUUUAAGGGAUGCAAAACAUUUUUGUGCAUCUUUGUUUGGCAUGGUUAGGCUUUUGUUUUUGCAUUUUUUUUCUGGGAUUCCUUCCCAGACGUUCAGCAUUUUUUGUGAAUGCAAUAUAUAGAGGGCAAUAGACGUUCCUCUAAUUCAGGAUAAAACUUCAAGCACAUUUAGAAAAAUUCUCUAUUUAAAUAUAUUUCACUUCACCCAGGAUGGAGCCGAAUCACAUAUUAGCACUGAUAAAUUGUCCUGUCCUCUCUUAUUGCACUCUUUUAAAUGUUGCUUUCAUUUUUACCUUUUUUUAAGGCAUGUUGGCCAUUGCUUGGGUUCUCACCCCAUUUCACCUAAUGUGAUUCUCUAAUGUUUAGAUUGAGAUUUAAAAUGAAUAAAACAUUGAUUUUUAUCAUU